CCCCGGCACCAUGCAGCGGGGCCCGGCCCGGCCGUGGGGUCCCCGGUGUCCCCGCACGGAGCUCGGGUGGGCUCCCGAGGACCGCGGCUCUUCCCGGAGCUGGCUCCGCGCUCACCCCGUACCUGUGCCCCGCUACCGGCCCCGGUGUGGGGGCUGCGGUGGGGCCGGACCCACAUCGGCCGCAGCUGCGGGGCCGGGAGCCGCAGCCCUAUUUAAGGGGCGGCCACAGCCCUCACAUGAUGGCAGCGUGACCGGUUCGAGUCCCAGCACCGGCUGCGAGCACCAUGGCGAUGGGCAGAGCGCGGCCCCGUGGGGCGGCCGGCGGCGGGGAGCGUGUCCCGCUGCUGCCGCAGGUGUCCCGGCUGGUGGAGCUGCCCUGUGCCUCCUCUGACGAUGACAGUGAUGGAGCCAUGGACCCCCCCGCUCCCGAGCCGGACCCUGCCGAGGGCUGCAGCGUCCGCCGGGCUCCGAGCGCCUUCAGCCGCUGCGUGCGGCACUUGGCCUUCCUCUGGAACCUCCUCUUCCUCCUGCUGGGGCUGCUGGUGCUGGCCAUGGGGGUCUGGGGGCUGCUGGCCAAGGGCUCUGAGGCCGGGAUGAGCUCUGACCCGAUGCUGGUGCUGGUGCUGGUGGGGCUGAGCGCCAGCACCGUGUCCAUGACCGGCUGCCUGGGUGCGCUGCGCUCCAGCCGCUGCCUGCUGCGCUGCUUCGUGGGUGCUGUGCUGGGCCUGGCGGGGCUGGAGGUGCUGGCAGCAGUGCUGGUGCUGGCAGCGCGGCACCGGCUGCGGGAUGAGCUGCGGGACCUGCUGCUCCUCUGCCUGCUGCGCUACCCGGACGAGCCCGACCUGCGCUUGCUGGUGGAUGAGCUGCAGCAGGGGCUGCGCUGCUGUGGCCUCGGCUCCUACCGCGACUGGGAGAGCAACCCGUACUUCAACUGCAGCAGCGCUGGUGCCCAGGCCUGCAGUGUGCCUGCGUCCUGCUGCCUGCAGCCGUGGCACAACAGCUCUGUGGUCAAUGCCCUGUGUGCCGCUGGAGUCCUGCGCCUCGGGGACGCGGCGGCUGGCACUGUGGUGUUCAUGGAGGGCUGCGUGGCUCAGCUCGGCGCAUGGCUCCAUGGCCAGGCCGGUGCCAUCGUGGCCGGCGUGGCUGUGCUGGUGCUGGUUGAGGCCUUCGGUGCGCUCAUGGCGGUGAAGGUGCUCAGAGACAUCACAGCAUGGGGGUGA